CGGCCGUAUGGCGGCGACGGCGCUCCGCCUGUGCCGCGCUGCGCGCCCGCUGCCGGCUGCUGCCGCCGCGGCCCGAAACACGGCCCCAGCCCCGCGGCCGCCUGCGCGCCUCUCCGCCUCCUCCUCUUCCUCAUCCGCCUCCUCUUCUGCUUCCCGCCACUCUCCGCCGCAGCCCGUCAUGCAGGCCUUCCAGUACCCCGAGGUGUACCGCGACGAGACCGCCGUGUCGGAUUACCAUGGAUGUAAAAUCAGCGAUCCAUACUGCUGGCUUGAGGAUCCCGAUAGUGAACAAACGAAGGCAUUUGUGGAGGCUCAGAACAAGCUGACAGUACCCUUUCUUGAGCAGUGUCCUGUCAGAGGACUGUUCAAGGAGCGAAUGACUGAACUCUAUGAUUAUCCUAAGUACAGCUGCCACUUCAAGAAAGGAAAAAGGUAUUUUCACUUCUACAAUACAGGGCUCCAGAAUCAGCGAGUUUUAUACGUACAAGACUCCUUGGAUGCCGAAGCCAAAGUUUUUCUUGAUCCAAAUAAGCUUUCUGAUGAUGGCACUGUGGCCUUACGAGGUUAUGCAUUCAGUGAAGAUGGUGAAUAUUUUGCAUAUGGCCUGAGUUCUAGUGGCUCUGAUUGGAUUACUAUAAAAUUUAUGAAAGUAGAAGGACCUGAGGAUCUCCCAGAUACACUGGAGAGAGUUAAAUUCAGUUGCAUGGCAUGGACCCAUGAUGGAAAAGGCAUGUUCUAUAACUGCUACCCGGAACAAGAUGGGAAAAGUGAUGGCACUGAGACCUCCACUAAUCUGCAUCAAAAGCUGCAUUAUCACGUAUUAGGAACUAACCAGUCAGAGGAUAUCCUAUGUGCUGAAUUUCCUGAUGAACCAAAAUGGAUGGGUGGAGCUGAGGUGUCGGAUGAUGGUCGAUAUGUCUUGCUGUCUGUCAGAGAAGGCUGUGAUCCAGUGAACAGACUGUGGUACUGUGAUCUACAGAAAGAGUCUCAGGGUAUAACAGGAAUUCUUCAAUGGGUGAAGCUGAUAGAUAACUUUGAGGCUGAGUACGAGUAUGUCACCAAUGAAGGAACAGUGUUCACUUUCAAGACAAACCGCCAUUCUCCAAAUUAUCGGUUAAUCAACAUUGACUUCAGUGAUCCAGAGGAAUCCAAAUGGAAAGUUCUCGUCCCUGAACAUGAAAAAGAUGUUCUAGAAUGGGUUGCUUGUGUGAGGUCCAAUUUCCUGGUUUUGUGCUACCUGCAUGAUGUGAAGAAUAUCCUGCAGCUUCAUGACCUAGCCACUGGUGCACAUCUCAAGACUUUUCCCCUAGAAGUUGGUAGUAUUGUGGGAUAUAGUGGCCAAAAGAAGGAUACUGAAAUAUUCUACCAGUUUACUUCCUUUUUAUCUCCAGGUAUUAUAUAUCACUGUGAUCUGACCAAAGAGGAACUGGAGCCAACGGUUUUCCGAGAAGUGACUGUUAAAGGAUUUGAUCCUUCAGUUUACCAGACAAUUCAGGUUUUCUACCCUAGCAAAGAUGGCACUAAGAUCCCAAUGUUUAUUAUUCACAAGAAAGGAAUUAAAUUAGAUGGUUCUCAUCCCGCCUUCUUGUAUGGAUAUGGAGGCUUCAACAUAUCAAUUACACCAAGCUACAGCGUGUCAAGACUUAUCUUUGUGCGACACCUGGGAGGUGUUCUAGCAGUGGCAAACAUCAGGGGUGGGGGCGAAUAUGGAGAGACCUGGCAUAAAGGUGGUAUCUUGGCCAACAAACAAAAUUGCUUUGAUGACUUUCAGUGUGCUGCCAAAUACCUCAUCAAGGAAGGCUACACAUCCCCAAAGAAGCUGACUAUUAAUGGAGGAUCAAAUGGGGGCCUCUUAGUUGCUGCCUGUGCUAAUCAGCGCCCUGACCUGUUUGGUUGUGCUAUUGCCCAAGUGGGAGUGAUGGACAUGCUCAAAUUCCACAAGUACACCAUCGGCCAUGCUUGGACCACUGACUAUGGUUGCUCCGACUGUAAAGAGCAGUUCGAAUGGCUGCACAAGUACUCUCCACUUCACAAUGUCAAACUACCAGAAGAAGAUGGCAUCCAGUAUCCCUCCACGCUGCUUCUCACAGCAGACCACGAUGACCGUGUGGUCCCUCUGCAUUCGCUGAAGUUCAUCGCUACCCUGCAGUACAUUGUGGGCCGAAGCAGUAAACAAACCAAUCCACUUCUCAUCCAUGUUGACACCAAGGCUGGGCAUGGAGCAGGAAAGCCAACUGCUAAAGUUAUAGAAGAAGUGUCAGAUAUGUUUGCUUUUAUAGCACGGUGUCUAAAUCUUGAGUGGAUUGAAUAGGCAAAUUGCUUAUUACUGUCUCCUUUAGAAAACAAGGGCUUUAACAUUUAAGAACAGCCACGUUACUACUUGGUGUAGUACUUAUAUUUAAGAACUACAGUUUAAUAUUUUAUUGAUCCAACCUGCUAUGGAAUUUUGAUCUUCUGUGCUUCCCUCUUUUUGGCAUUUCUUUGAUUUUUUUUUUCUACUGCAUUCCAAAUUCCAUUUUGAAAAGCAUGUUCAAAAAAAUAGCUGAGCUACUCUCAGUACUGUUGUGAAAAUUUAGAUUUCAAAAUUAGUGCUAGUUGAGCUUAUUUCCUGUAAACAAUUUUAAUGUAUUUCACCUAUAAACAUAUCCAGAUCAUUUGUAAUUAAAUGUAAGUACUGUUCACAUACAAGAACUCUGAGUAUAUUUUAUUUACACAGUAAUUUAUUUAAGAAUAUAAAUUGAAGAUGUUCAGUGAAAAACUGAAGAGACAGUAAUCCAAUUACAUCAAAUAUUAUUAAAAAGCAUAUAUUACAUUCUGUUCAAAAACAUGUUACAGUCUAUAAUAAUGAUGUUGCUAAAUUGCUCUCUCCUUCCAAAGAGACUUCAAAAAUCUCUUCUACUAUUUAUUUCUGCACA